CAAUUAUACAAAUCCAUUGCUUUUAAUAAAGGGUACCAUACAUAUUCAAAAUAUGGGAAGCCAGUUACUCUCUCAGGGUCUACUGUUAAAGAUAACACAGGGAAUGAGGUUGGUGUUACUUGCUCAUCUACAAUGUACAUGUACACUCUUCUCAAUAUAAACAUGGAGGAUAAGAACGAAUGGAAAUGUACACUACAUAUGUCAGCAAAAAACAAGGGAGGUCUGUGACUCUGUGUGCAGAGACUAAAGUCCAUAUUGCUCAGUUGAUAUUUCAAACAGUGAAUUUCACAAUACAUGUACACAAGGCGUGUACAACACGGGUGCAAAGGCCACUAAUCCAUGGACUGCAUUUAGCACACAAAGCUAAUAGUCUGCCACUAUUUCGAAGUGUAGGUUUAAGACACGCCUGCCGACAAGCGACCAUCAUUUUGGGAUUGAGUUUUGUUAAAUUAGAAUGUUAUAUUCCCAUAUUUAACUUGAUGAUUACAUUUAUCAUAAGAUCAGUGAAUGGGCAGCUACAUGUAGGCAGCAUACAGCACUGAUGUAGCAAGAACGACUGGCGAUUGAAUGGAGUGAACAGGCUACAGUAUUUAAAGGCUUCUGCAUGGUUAGUUGCAACAUGGUUGGAAAAGUGUAUGAUCUUGCAGCUACGUAAUUCUCUUCUAUAUCACUGUGCAUGUACGUUUAAGUCAAAUAUAAUAUUUUGUACAGAGGUGUGCCAGAGGAGAACUGAUCAGCGAUUGUCCCUGUUACAUGCUGCACUUUAUAACAACCGCCACGAGCAAGACUCUGUCUCAUGCAGGUCUCAUAGAUAACUGUACAGCUUCAUGCAGAACCAGAUUCAGUGAACACUACUGACACAUAGCUUCAAUUGAAUGGAAAACACCCUAUACGUCAAAGUCAAAGAAGUUUGAGAUUGGCCACUGUACAUGUACAGAGGAAGUUGACUUUUGAAAACAGUUUAAAAACCAAUAUAAAACCCCGAGAUAUCAUGGCCUCCAAACGCAGUAGAAUUCCUCUAGCACUGGUCUUCAUCUUCUCAUUGGCGGCGGUUGGUGCGCUAGUUGCAGCUGCUGCUACAGCCCAUUGGGUUGGGGCUGUUGCACUACGGCAAAAUCUGAUUCUGAAUGGCAGUGAGCCUCCACAAGUGCCUGAUGAAAAUGGCCAAAUCCCUGAGUACACGGGCUACAUCCAGUUUGGACUGUUCAAUGGACAGAAGACAUUCAACCCGGGCUUGGGACAGCGUGAUACUGUAUACUUCGCAGUUUUUAUAGAACACGCAGAUGUGUACAGCAUUGGAUACCCGAUUUUCGUCUUCCUGUUCAUAAUAAUCGCCGCCAUUUUCGCCCUCGUAUCAGCCAUCUUCGGAUUGGUCAACACACUGACGGUUCCCAUAGAAACCAUUCAUGGACCAAUUGGGCUUUACAUGUGGAACGGCAUUGGUGCUGUUUGCACUCUGCUCGCCUGUGUCCUUUAUCUGGUUCUCCUCCUGACAAAACUCACCGAGAACGUCCUGAACCAAGAAGAUAUAGACUCCCCCAACAAUUUCCGUACCUCUUCUGCAUCCUUCCAAUAUUCCUACUGGUUAGUAGUGGUUGGCUGUGGCUUGUUCAUUGUCAAUCUUUUCUGCAUCUUCCUGGCCAAGCUCCUGGCAGAUCCGGACUUCAUGCAACAACGCAAGAGAAAACAUGACUUCUCAAGAGGGGAGAAUAACCUUGGGCUCGACGACAUCAUGUAUUAAAGUUUGUGUACAACAUUGUUUACGUGCGUUUUCACAAAAAUUGUAUACCGACAAUUUUGCAAAUUUGGUAGACUUGUAUGAUAAUGGGAUAAUAUUGGGAAAAGAAUGUGUGCAACGAGUGAAACAAAUGAAA